CUGGGCGGCCGCCGUGCCCGGAGCCCGGUGCCCGGGCCGCGCGGAGAGCCUAGAGCCGGCGCGAUGCACGUGCGCUCGCUGCGCGCCGCGGCGCCCCCCAACUUGGUGGCGCUUUGGGCGCCCCUGCUCCUGCUGCGCGCCGCCCUGGCCGACUACAGCCUGGACAACGAGGUGCACUCGAGCUUCAUCCACCGGCGCCUCCGCAGCCAAGAGCGGCGGGAGAUGCAGCGCGAGAUCCUCUCCAUCUUGGGCUUGCCGCACCGCCCGCGACCCCAUCUCCAGGGCAAGCACAACUCGGCGCCCAUGUUUAUGCUGGACCUGUACAAUGCCAUGACCGUGGAGGAGGGCGGUGGGACCGACGGCCAGGGCUUCUCCUACCCCUACAAGGCCGUAUUCAGCACCCAGGGCCCCCCUCUGGCCAGCCUGCAAGAUAGCCACUUCCUCACCGACGCCGACAUGGUCAUGAGCUUCGUCAAUCUCGUGGAACACGACAAGGAGUUCUUCCACCCACGCUACCACCACCGGGAGUUCCGCUUUGACCUUUCCAAGAUCCCAGAAGGAGAAGCCGUGACGGCGGCUGAAUUCCGGAUCUACAAGGACUACAUCCGGGAGCGCUUCGACAACGAGACCUUCCGCAUCAGCGUCUACCAGGUGCUCCAGGAGCACCUGAGCAGGGAGUCCGACCUCUUCCUGCUCGACAGCCGUACCCUCUGGGCCUCAGAAGAGGGGUGGCUGGUGUUCGACAUCACAGCCACCAGCAACCACUGGGUGGUCAACCCACGGCACAACCUGGGCCUGCAGCUCUCGGUCGAGACUCUGGAUGGGCAGAGCAUCAACCCCAAGCUGGCGGGUCUCAUUGGGCGGUACGGGCCCCAGAACAAGCAGCCCUUCAUGGUGGCCUUCUUCAAGGCCACAGAGGUCCACCUGCGAAGUAUCCGCUCUGCAGGGGGCAAGCAGCGCAGCCAGAACCGCUCCAAGACACCCAAGAACCAGGAGGCCCUGAGGAUGGCCAACGUGGCAGAAAACAGCAGCAGCGACCAGAGGCAGGCCUGUAAGAAGCACGAGCUGUAUGUCAGCUUCCGAGAUCUGGGCUGGCAGGACUGGAUCAUCGCCCCCGAAGGUUACGCCGCCUACUACUGCGAGGGGGAGUGCGCCUUCCCGCUCAACUCCUACAUGAACGCCACAAACCACGCCAUCGUGCAGACGCUGGUCCACUUCAUCAACCCAGACACGGUGCCCAAGCCCUGCUGCGCCCCCACCCAGCUCAACGCCAUCUCCGUCCUCUACUUCGACGACAGCUCCAACGUCAUCCUGAAGAAGUACAGGAACAUGGUGGUCCGGGCCUGCGGCUGCCACUAACCCCUCCUGGAAGCCCGGCCUCUGGGGCC